GCCGCAGUUGUGACAGCUGUGGCAGCACAUGAUCGGUAAAUUUUUGUUCAUCAUUUUUAUUAAAGUACUGUAGGGUCCUGAAUUAAAAGGAUGGCGGGUAUGCUUUCCCUUGCAUCCCAAAAUUUAACACGUUCUAUAAGUCGGAAUUUCUGCACUACAACAGAAGUACUAGCGGCAUCCUUUAAAUUUAGAGAACCCUUAUGUAGUCAUCGCAGUACCAAGAGAUCUAGAAGUAAGGCUCACCUUGUUAUUAAUCCAAGAUCGAAAAGUAUAAAUUUAAGGCAGGAAAAUGGUAUCUAUUUGCAAGGAAUUAAAUACUUUCAUACAUCUAUUGUUAGAUGUGAAUCCCAAGAUGUCAGCUGCCCAGUGUUCCCUGAAUCUGUCGCUGAGGGGGAUGUCAGAUGGGAAAAAAAAGUAGGUGAUCAGGUCGCAGUUGAUGAGGUAGUUUUGGAAAUUGAAACCGAUAAAGUUGCAAUUCCAGUGCCAUCUCCUGCCAACGGAAUAAUUGAAGAGGCUUAUGUAAAAGAUGGAGAUACCGUGAAGGCAAAUGCAAAACUUUUUAGAUUGAAAUUAACAGAAGGUGGAGCAGCACCAGCUGCAGCCAAACCUGCUGAUGCACCUGCACCAGCUGCAGCACAACCAGCAGCUGCAGCGCCUCCUCCUUCUUCUCCUCCACCUCCUCCAGCUGCUGCACCACCACCAAAACCAGCCGCUGCACCACCACAACCGUCACCACCUAAAGCAGCAAUGCCCGUUGCCGCGAUUCGACAUGCACAGGCCAUUGAAGCUGCGACUGUUAAGGUACCGCCUGCAGAUCCUACAAAGGAAAUUGCGGGCACGAGGACUGUGCAUCGCGUGAAAAUGAACAAAAUGCGGCAGAAGAUUGCACAGAGAUUGAAGGAGGCCCAAAACACGAACGCCAUGCUCACAACUAUGAAUGAAAUUGAUAUGAAGACCAUAAUGGACUUCCGUAAAGCACAUCAAGACGCUUUCCUAAAGAAGUUUGGCAUUAAGUUCGGUUUUAUGUCUGUGUUUUGUAAAGCCGUAGCGUACGCCUUGCAGGAUCAGCCCGUUGUUAAUGCCGUUAUUUCCGACGAUGGCCUAGAAGUUCUUUAUCGGGAUUAUAUAGAUAUUUCAGUGGCUGUGGCCACACCUAAGGGACUUGUCGUUCCCGUUUUGAGAAACGUUGAACAAAUGAAUUAUGCUGACAUCGAAUUAGGAUUGGCAGCUCUUAGUGAAAAAGCAAGAAAGGGAGCUUUGGCAAUUGAAGAUAUGGAUGGUGGUACUUUUACUAUAAGCAACGGAGGAGUUUUUGGUUCUAUGUUUGGUACACCAAUUAUAAAUCCUCCUCAAUCUGCGAUUUUGGGAAUGCAUGGUAUCUUCGAUCGACCAAUUGCAAUUAAAGGAGAGGUAAAAGUUAGACCAAUGAUGUAUGUUGCACUGACAUAUGACCAUCGUUUGAUUGAUGGACGUGAGGCUGUUUUGUUCUUGCGUAAAAUCAAAAGCGCGGUUGAAGACCCUGCCGUCAUCUUGACAGGAAUAUAAAAGUGACUUUUAAAAAUCCCUUGUUUUAACUAGAGAAUUAUGUACAGAACCUACAGUAAUUGUCCUACAUGCACGUGCGAAUAAUUUAUAUACAGAGAUCACAAAUUGCUUAUUCUUUUUUUUAUGGUAUUUGAAAAUCAAUUCUCUUAUUAUUUCUUUGUCUUUGUAACAUUUAUUCUAUUUUAUUUGGGGAAUGCACUUUUUGCUGAGAUCUAUUUAACGAAUAAAAUUGUAAUUAAAUUUUA